AUAUUACGUGUUACUUCUGUGUUAUAUAAUAGUUAUAUUUUGUGUUUGCUGGGUGGUAAUUGUUAUUUCUGUUGUCCUCUUUAUUUGAUCUAUUCAUCAGUGUUAAAUAGUGUUAAAGUUAAACUUUAUGUUUCGAACACUGAAAUUCUAACACUACAAUUUGAAAUUCUUUCUUUUGUAUUGUGAUUAUCCUUUUUUAUUGCUUUAUGUUUUUCAUAUAAAACUAACACGUUAAUUAUCAUCGUUGUUUGAUAGGUUAAUACUUUAACCCUCAAAGCACAUACAGGGUCUGUCAGACCCUGUCCUCAAGUUUUGUCCUGAAUAUCUUUUAGGCAGUUUGAAAAUUGGCAGGCCUGGGGCUCCCUGGCGGUAGUUUGGGGUCCUACCUAUGCGUCCCGGUGCUUCCCCCGUACAGUCCUGCAGUCAGUAGGCGUUCAGAACUGUUCAAAGUCGGUGCAGGGUUACUCAGACCCUGGUGUGUGCCAAGCGUCGAUUUUGCCAAAUCAUUAGUUUAUAUAACAAGUUCAAGUUAGUGUCGCUGAGUGCACCACAGUGUGGAAAACUUUUUCCUUUGUUGUUCUUCAAUCACACAGUGCAUGAUGGCGUACAAUCUACGCACACGUGUGCGGGACGCCUUGUUGCAGAACGAGGAAGAAGAGGAUUUUGGUGGCGAAGAUUCUACUGAAGAGGAUAACGUUUCAGUUCAGUCCUCGACUGAAAGUGAAACUUCAGACUACAGUGAAGCUGAAGAUGUAGAAGAAAUGACGUUGAAUCAACGCAUUUUGGAGCAGCGUGAGCGUGCCCGUGGCAGACCGUCAACGACGCUGCGCAGCAAAAAUAACACAAAAUGGAGCACCCUUCCUCGACCAAGAACAUCAGAUCGAGUGAAUGCUGAAGAAAGAACUCCUAAACCUCGAAAUGGUGCUGAGAACUGCAACAGUGUCACAGAGUUUUGGAAUUGUCUCUUUGAUGAGGAAAUGCGUAAUAAAAUUGUUGAAUAUACUAACAUAGAAAUCAAAGAUGUCUGUGCUAAAAUGAUGGCCGACGAUGCUGUUAUACAGACAUACUAUCACACAACUGAUUUGAAGGAAAUCAAUGCUUUCAUAGCCUUACUGUACUAUUCAGGACUAUGGAAAUCAAACCAUGUGAGCAUAAAAGAAAUUUGGAGUAACACAAGUUGUUAUAAUCUGUAUCGUAAUGCUAUGCCAAAAUCACGAUUUCAAUUUCUGGCAAAUCAUUUGCGUUUUGACGUGAGACAGUAUCGUUCUGGGGACGAUCGAUUAUCUCCAAUUAGAGAGUUAUGGGAUAAAUUUAUCCGCAAUUGUGAGUAUUAUUAUGAACCGUCUAACGACACAACAGUAGAUGAGCAGUUACUGUCGUUCCGAGGACGAUGUAAAUUCAGGAUGUACAUCAAGUCCAAGCUUGAUAAGUAUGGCUUGAAAAUAAUCACCUUGAAUGAUGCUCAGAACUUCUAUCUGAUAAAUGGAAUCCCUUAUUUGGGAAAAACUGGUCAUCCGUCAAACGAGUCAUCUGGGGAGUUUUUUUCAAGAAAGUGACCACUCCAAUUCAUGGUACCGACCGUUCCAUCACUUGUGACAAUUGGUUUACUACAUAUCCACUAUUGAAGGAUAUGCUCAAAGAUCCGUACAACAUAAAGCUAACUGGUACCAUUCGUAAGAAUAAGAAAGAAAUCCCAAAUGAAAUGAAAAUCGCAUCAAAAGAAGUUCCAUCUUCAAAAUUUUGCCACAGUGGAGACAUUACUUUAGUCAGCUAUACACCAAAAAAACACAAAUUAGUCCUUGUUGUUAGCACUAAAAUUAUAACAACAAAUAUUGGAGAUAAUGGUAAACCACAGAUGAUUCUAUAUUACAAUAAAACAAAGGGUAGUACCGACGUCUUUGACAAGCUCUGCCACGCAUACACAACUGCUCGCGCAACCAAGCGUUGGCCAAUGCGUUUCUUUUUUGGUAUACUUGACCAAGCUCAAGUGAAUGCAAGGAUUCUCUACACUUGCAAAUAUCCGGAAAAGAAUCUUUCUGCCAAGAGUGCUUUGAAGCAGCUGGUUUUCUCUCUGUUGGAGCCGUAUUUGCGAGAGAAGCUUGAGAACGCCACACUACGUACGGACAUCAGGAAAAGUAUACUUCUUAUUCUGGGAGAAAAUGCAGAGGCUCCGCCACAAGGUGAUCGACCAGAGUUGCAGAAAAGGGCAAGGUGUGCACUCUGCUCUUACAAAAAAGAUAGGAAAACAAAACGCUUGUGUCGAUGUUGCUUGCGCCCAAUGUGUGAAGAGCAUCAAGCUUAUAUUUGUAAUGACUGCAGUGGCACUGAGUAAUUCUAACAUCAUUUUGAUAUUAUUUGUUCAUUUCAAUCAUAUUUCAAGUAAAUUUCAAUAAAGAUAUACAAUUUUCAAGUAUAUUUUGUCAAAAAUUUAUUUGUUUCCACGUUUCUUAUAGAAAGGAACGCUUUUUCACACCUAAAAAAACCACCUCCGUCAACCUGCAAAAUAAAUACCUUUUUUGAAAGAUACACUACAGGAGUAAUUUUUCCCUGAUUGUACCACUAUUCGAGAAUACAAACCUAAAUUUUUAGCCAAAACUAUAAAAAAUUAAGAAAAUUACAAUUUUUUACAAAAUUUCCUUUUUUUGAAAAAAAAAAAACAUUUUUUUCAGGAAUUUUUUCGAUGUUUUAAUAUUUCUAACGAGGCAUUUGAACUACGGGGAUUGAUUCUACAAUAUUUCAAGAAUAUCUGAGAAUUGUUUCAAGUUGAUCGGAUGAGUAGUUUUUAAAUGGUAGAUCGUGAAAAAGUGCACAGGGUCUCACAGACCCACAGUGUGCUCCGUGAUCGAAAAAAUAGGUGUGUGCUCCGAGGGUUAAGCAUAUCAGGUGGCACAACUGUUUCUCAGAUCAGUAGAAGGACUCUGGAAAGAAUAAUUACAAAUAAUUAUGCUAGAAAUUUUAACGGCAGGAAGAACACUGAAGAAAUCUUUCAAGAUUCUUAAAAUAAAGGACUUAGUCAUAGAUAUUGUCAAGGCUAUUGAACCAAAUGCUGCAAUAUAUGAUGUAGAAAAGUCCAUAAAAGAUUGGCUCAAAUUAGCACCUCUUCCUGUAACCUUAGCCGAUUCCAGGGCAUUGAAGACAAAUUCAAGAAAAGUAUAAUUUCUCAUCGUUUCAGUUUCAAUAUUAAUGUUUAUUUUGUAUUUACAUAUUUCUAUCCAUUCCAUUUCAAGAAUUUGAGAUUUAUUAUUUAGUAAUUUGCAGGACAAUUAGGAAUAUGUAUUAUCAUAGUAUUCUGCAAUGUACUCGCACUCGCCACUGAAACGUGUUCUCAUUGAAGCAUUAAAAUAAGUAUAUAUUUCUUUACCACCUAAUAAUGUAUCGCAAAGAUGACCGAUAAUAUAAAAGCACUGUUAGUUGUUUUGUUAUAAUGUUAUGCGUAAUACAAUUAUGUAAU